AUGAAUUUCAGUGUUGAAGAGAAAACUCUUUUAGGUUUAGGUUUAUUUAAUAUAUUAUUAUUAUUAAUAUUUAUAAUUCAUUUUAGUAUAAUAUAUAAUUUAUCAAAAAAAAGAGUUAAAACAUAUGUAAAUAAUGGGCCCAAUAUAAACCCCACUUCGACAGAUGACGAAUAUGGUAUUGAAUUAACUGAUAAUACUAAAAAAAAUCAAAUACCUGUUAAUAAUAAUAAUAAUAAUAAUAAUAAUAAUAAUAAUAAUAAUAAUAAUAAUAAUAAUAAUAAUAAUAAUAAUAAUAUAAUUAAUAAUGUAAAUGAAAAUUAUAAUAGUAGUAAAAAUAUUAGAAAAUUAUUUAGAUAUAUUGAAUUUAAGAAUAGAAGGAAUUAUAUGGGAUUAAUGUCAGAAUGUAUUGCAUCAUUAACUAUAUUUGAAUUGUUGAUAUUGGUAUUGGUUAUGUUUGAUAAAUUACAUAUUGCAGCAGGAAUUGUGUUGAUGUUAUUUGGAUUUAUUUUAUUUUGGACAAUUUGGGUUGUACCAAUUGACGAUGAUAAAUUUUUAAAAUCAACAUUUAAAAUUGAAAAUGGUUUUAAAAGGUUCAUUAAAAGACAAUCAUUUAAAUUUAAAAUUGGUAAUUUAAAAAAGAACCAAAGAUAUUGGUAUUGCUUAAUACCAGCAUUGACCGCGAUACUAUUGGUUACCAUACUUUUAGAGGGAACUUGUGAGGACCAAUUAUCAUUCAUCGAUUCGAGAAUCAUGAGAAAAUAUAUGAAUCCCACAUGUGCGACUUCUGGCGAACCGUGUCUCAUUUACCUAACAUUAAACCAACAACCAAGUACGAGUAUAAUUGCCAACUUUCACACCUCCUCGAGAAAGGGCGACCCCGAGCCCAACCCAAUCUGUCUCUACGACACCACGCCUAUGGGCAAUAACACAUCGGGCUAUCGUUAUAUAGCCUAUGGUAAUUACUAUAAGAUGCCAUUGGAGGUGAUUAGAUACGUCAAUUGGGUGCAUAUUGAAGGAUUGCAGCCAAAGACAUCCUACUACUUCACCUGUGGAACUUGGAAAAACGGGUUCUCACAUGAAAGAAAAUUUAAAACUCAAUCUGAUAAUCCAAAAGAUGGUUAUAGUUUUGUUGUGGGUGGCGAUGUUGAUAUCACUGCCGAUGCUGCCACUUUAUUGAAAACCUCGGCAUUGAAGAAUCCAGAUUUCGCAAUGAUUGGUGGUGAUUUAGCUUAUGACCAUGCCCAAUAUACUUGCUAUAGAAUCGUUGAUAAAUGGCUAAACAAUUGGCAAUACAAAAUGAUAUCGGCAACAGGUUAUACCAUUCCUUUGAUUGCUUCAAUUGGUAAUCAUGAAGUAAUUGGUGACUAUGAUGCACCCUCACACAGAAUACCCUUCUUUAAGAGAUAUUUCCCACAAAUGACAAAACGAGAGGACCCUGGUGAUGGCAAUAAUGUAGAUGACAGGAAAACUUACAAUACAAUCAAUAUCGGUGGUCCAAAUGGUACUGUAAUCUUUAAUUUAGAUAGUGGUCAUCAUUCAUCACUAAGUGAACAAGCAAUUUGGAUGAAUCAACAAUUAUCAUCAUCACCAUCAUCAUCUUCUUCAAUGAAUUUUAAUUCAACUCAAUUACGUUUCUCAAUUUAUCAUGUACCAAUGUAUCCAACUAUUAGAGAAUAUUCAAAUCCAAAAUCAACUGCUAUUCGUGAUAAUUGGUUAUCAACUUUUGAUAAAUUUAAAUUUAAUAUUGCUUUUGAAAAUCAUGAUCAUGCUUAUAAACGUACUUUACCAUUAUUCAAUAACACUGUUAUUAAUGGUACUAAUAGUGGUGGUGGUGGUCAAUCUUCAACACUUUAUAUUGGUGAUGGUAGUGCUGGAACUGGAAUUAGGCCAUUACCAAGUUCAAGUUUGAAGUGGUAUCAAGCUUUUUCAAAAUCAACUCAUUAUAUUACACUUAUCAAUGUUAUUCCAACAAAUAGAACAAUAACUUUCAAUUCUUUCGAUACAAAUAAUAGUACUUUUGAUAGUGGUUAUAUUACUUAUUAA